AUGCGCCUCAAUCAGUUGCUCUCGGUCUUCUCCCUCUUCGCUGGUGUUAUACUAGCAGACGGCUGUAAUGGGAAGGUCGCUUUGUGUAACAGAAAAUACUCGGACGUCUCACAAAUAGGCACUCAUGAUUCAGCAUUCGUUGGAGACCUUCCGACUCAAAACCAAGGGUUAUCCGUCACUGAACAGCUUAAUUCUGGCAUUCGUAUGCUUCAAGCACAAACGCACGACUUUUUGGGCGAUAUCUAUCUGUGCCAUACUUCCUGCUGGCUUGAAAAUGCCGGGAAACUGGUGGACUACCUGAGGACUAUCGCCAAAUGGAUGGAUGCACAUCCGAAUGAGGUUGUGACGCUAUUGUUGACGAAUGGGGAUAAUGUGGCUGUCACAAAAUUCGCUGCGAGGAUGCAAACUGCUGGACUUGCAAAAUACGCAUUUAAUCCUGGAAAGAAGCUUGAAUUGGCAGAUUGGCCUACUCUUCAACAACUUAUCAACGCUAAGACACGCCUUGUGAUGUUUAUGGACUACCACACGGAUACCUCAAAAGUCCCAUAUAUCCUUGAUGAAUUCUCCUACUUCUUUGAGACUCCCUACGACGUCACAACUCCCGAUUUCCCAUCCUGUGAACUUGACAGGCCUGGUGGUUCCAACGGCAAUGGCAUGAUGUAUAUCGUCAAUCACUUCUUGGAUGUCAAGCUAUUCGAUGAUGUCUUGAUUCCAGAUAGAUUCCAUGCGCCAAGGACAAAUGCUGCUACGGGAGCUGGAAGUAUAGGUGCUCAAAACGACAUUUGCAAGACCAAAUGGGGAAGAAAACCUACGUUUGUGCUCGUAGAUUACUUCGAGGCUGGAAAUGUUUUUGUGGCUGAGGAUGCCAUGAAUGGCCUCUGA